CUCAUCACCCCCACACUAACUCUCUCUCUCUCUCUCUCUCUUCUCUACUACACAGACACUGCUGCACUCGCACUGUUUUCAGUCUCUCCACCUCAUACAUUACCGGCGACCCCGGAGUUAGCUCUGUCUUCUUUCUCUCUCUCUCUCUCCCUACUGAACCCAUUAAUGAGCUAUAAGUGUACAAAAGUAGAGCGCUCUCCUUUAGAUCCCCAGUUGGUCAAGAUUUCGAUGAUAUGCUGAAUAUUGAGAAAGCCCACCAGAUAUAUAGCCAUGAAACACUUUAUAAUUUUGAAUGAGACGAACUAAUCUCUCUCUCUUGUUGGUUUCUUGAGAGUGAGUGAGUGAAAGCUAGCUGUUUUCUCUUAUUUCAAGUUUCAAGAUUCCAUUUUUUGUCUUGGAGAAUGGCGGAGGCAGCUGAUCAUGGGAAAGCAAUGCCGGAGUCUGAGAAGAAGAAAGAGCAGAGCCUGCCGUUUUACCAGCUAUUUUCGUUUGCAGAUAAAUAUGAUUACUUGCUGAUGAUCUCUGGCAGCAUUGGGGCCGUCAUACACGGGUCUUCAAUGCCUGUUUUCUUCUUGCUUUUCGGUGAGAUGGUCAAUGGUUUUGGUAAAAACCAAAUGGAUUUGCACAAAAUGACACACGAAGUUGCCAAGUACGCUCUGUAUUUCGUGUAUCUUGGAUUGGUAGUCUGCCUUUCAUCCUAUGCAGAGAUUGCAUGCUGGAUGUACACUGGGGAGAGGCAAGUGGGCGCGCUGAGGAGGAAGUAUUUGGAGGCAGUGUUGAAACAGGACGUGGGUUUCUUCGACACGGAUGCAAGAACAGGGGAUAUUGUUUUCAGUGUCUCAACUGAUACUCUGCUUGUCCAAGAUGCCAUUAGCGAGAAGGUUGGAAAUUUCAUACAUUAUCUGUCAACAUUCUUGGCGGGAUUGGUGGUUGGUUUUGUGUCAGCAUGGAAGCUAGCUCUACUCAGUGUGGCUGUGAUUCCUGGAAUUGCCUUUGCUGGAGGUCUGUAUGCCUAUACUCUUACUGGACUCACCUCCAAGAGUCGCGAAUCCUAUGCCAGCGCCGGUAUCAUUGCCGAGCAGUCGAUUGCACAAGUUAGGACCGUCUAUUCUUAUGUCGGUGAGACCAAAGCCCUCAGCGCAUAUUCAGAUUUAAUACAAAAUACUCUAAAGCUGGGGUACAAGGCUGGAAUGGCUAAAGGACUGGGAUUAGGAUGUACAUAUGGUAUAGCAUGUAUGUCUUGGGCUCUGGUUUUCUGGUAUGCUGGUGUUUUUAUUCGAAAUGGGCAGACAGAUGGUGGCAAGGCGUUCACAGCUAUUUUCUCUGCCAUUGUUGGUGGCAUGAGUUUGGGUCAGUCGUUUUCUAAUCUUGGCGCAUUCAGCAAAGGUAAAGCUGCUGGAUACAAGUUGAUUGAGAUAAUCAAGCAAAAACCCACUAUAGUUCAAGAUGCAUCAGAUGGGAAGUGCCUGAGUGAGGUCAAUGGGAACAUUGAGUUUAAAAAUGUAACUUUCAGCUAUCCCUCAAGACCAGAUAUUGUCAUCUUUAGAGACUUUUCCAUUUUCUUCCCGGCUGGAAAAACAAUUGCAGUAGUCGGUGGAAGUGGUUCAGGAAAAAGCACUGUUGUCUCCUUGAUAGAAAGGUUUUACGAUCCGAAUCAGGGAGAAAUUCUUCUAGACAACGUGGACAUAAAGACACUGCAGCUGAACUGGUUACGGAAUCAAAUUGGUUUGGUAAACCAAGAACCUGCACUCUUUGCCACCACAAUACUUGAGAACAUUCUCUAUGGAAAGCCUGAUGCGACUAUGGCAGAAGUCGAGGCUGCUGCUAAUGCUGCUAAUGCUCAUAGCUUUAUCACCUUGCUUCCAAAUGGAUACAAUACUCAGGUGGGAGAGCGUGGAGUCCAACUCUCAGGUGGCCAGAAGCAAAGAAUAGCCAUUGCUAGGGCUAUGCUGAAGGACCCAAAGAUACUUCUGCUCGACGAAGCAACUAGUGCGCUUGAUGCGGGUUCAGAAAGCAUCGUUCAAGAGGCUCUAGAUCGUCUUAUGGUUGGGAGGACUACAGUAGUUGUAGCUCAUCGUCUCUCAACAAUAAGAAAUGUAGACUCGAUUGCCGUUCUACAGCAAGGGCAAGUUGUAGAAACCGGAACCCAUGAAGAACUAAUUGCCAAAGCUGGGGCGUAUGCAUCCCUUAUCAGGUUCCAGGAAAUGGUAGGUAACAGAGAUUUGUCUAAUCCUUCAACGCGCCGUACACGCUCAACACGGCUAAGCCAUUCACUGUCAACCAAAUCUCUUAGCCUUCGUUCUGGGAGUUUGAGAAAUUUGAGCUAUUCCUACAGCACAGGUGCUGAUGGCCGUAUAGAGAUGGUCUCAAAUGCGGAAACUGAUAGGAAGAAUCCAGCUCCGGCUGGGUACUUCUGCCGACUUCUUAAAUUGAAUGCUCCUGAGUGGCCUUACUCAAUCAUGGGAGCCAUAGGGUCUGUUCUUUCUGGAUUCAUUGGCCCAACUUUUGCCUUGGUGAUGAGCAAUAUGAUCGAGGUAUUCUACUAUACAAAUCCUGCUGCCAUGGAACGUAAAACGAAGGAAUAUGUUUUCAUUUAUAUUGGUGCUGGUCUUUAUGCUGUUGUGGCAUACUUAAUUCAGCACUAUUUCUUCAGUAUAAUGGGAGAAAACCUUACUACACGAGUCAGGAGGAUGAUGCUCGCAGCAAUUUUGAGAAACGAAGUUGGAUGGUUCGACGAGGAGGAGAACAAUUCAAGCCUCCUUGCAGCCCGCUUGGCCACGGAUGCAGCGGACGUGAAAUCUGCCAUUGCCGAAAGGAUAUCUGUUAUAUUGCAGAACAUGACUUCUCUUCUCACUUCUUUCAUAGUUGCCUUCAUCGUCGAAUGGAGAGUUUCACUCCUCAUAUUGGCUACCUUCCCUCUACUUGUCCUAGCAAAUUUUGCUCAGCAACUCUCCCUCAAAGGGUUUGCUGGAGAUACGGCCAAGGCGCAUGCAAAAACUAGCAUGAUUGCCGGGGAAGGAGUAAGCAACAUUAGAACCGUUGCAGCAUUCAAUGCCCAAGAAAAGAUCCUUUCUUUGUUUGCCCACGAACUCCACAUCCCACAACGUCGCAGUCUCAGGCGCAGUCUGUGCUCCGGUUUGCUCUUUGGUCUCUCUCAGCUGGCUCUUUAUGGUUCUGAAGCUCUGAUUCUUUGGUAUGGCGCCCACCUCGUUAGCAUAGGCGCAUCCACAUUCUCAAAGGUCAUCAAGGUGUUUGUUGUCUUAGUCGUCACAGCCAAUUCAGUUGCAGAAACCGUGAGCCUCGCUCCUGAAAUUGUAAGGGGCGGAGAAGCCGUUGGCUCUGUGUUCUCAAUACUUGAUCGCCCCACAAGGAUUGAUCCAGAUGAUCCCGAAGCCGAGCAUGUUGAAUCCAUUCGUGGCGAGAUUGAGCUCCGUCAUGUUGAUUUUGCUUAUCCAUCACGACCCGAUGUGCCGGUGUUUAAGGACUUCAACCUAAGAAUCCGAGCCGGGCAGAGCCAAGCUUUAGUCGGUGCAAGCGGAUCAGGGAAGAGCUCUGUAAUAGCACUGAUUGAAAGAUUUUACGAUCCUAUCAUUGGGAAAGUUAUGAUCGACGGAAAAGAUAUCAGGAGACUGAAUUUGAAAUCCCUUCGCCUCAAAAUCGGUUUGGUGCAGCAAGAGCCAGCUCUAUUUGCAUCCAGCAUUUUCGACAACAUUGCUUACGGAAAAGAGGGGGCAACCGAAGCAGAAGUAGUCGAAGCAGCACGAGCAGCAAAUGUGCACACGUUUGUUAGCGGACUGCCUGAUGGCUACAAAACACCGGUCGGCGAAAGAGGCGUUCAGCUCUCUGGAGGGCAGAAGCAACGGAUUGCAAUAGCACGGGCGAUUCUCAAGGACCCGUCAAUCCUUCUGCUUGAUGAGGCAACCAGCGCUCUCGAUGCAGAGUCAGAAUGCGUGCUGCAAGAAGCACUCGAGCGGCUAAUGAGGGGCCGAACGACCAUUGUAGUCGCCCACCGCUUAUCCACAAUACGGGGGGUGGACAGCAUCGGGGUGGUUCAAGACGGGCGAAUUGUGGAACAAGGCAGCCAUGGUGAUCUCAUAAGCCGACCCGAUGGUGCUUAUUCUAGGCUCUUGCAACUGCAGCGCCAUCGCAUAUGAAACGGUCGAAAAUCAGCAUGCGUCGAUUAACCAUUGUUUUUCAUUUCUUUUUGUAUUAUUAUGAUGAUGGCUAGCUGUAGAUAUGGGGAUGUGAAGUCCACCUUUCAGCAUGACAAACUCCAUUCCCAAUAUAUGUUUAAAGUUAUAAAUAACUCUAAUGCAAAAAUCUGUGUGUUCAUCUGUUUUUCUCUGGUUGGGAUACAUUACUUUGUUGAAAAGGUAAAGGGCAGCCAUAAUCUCCCCUUUCCAGCUCAAUGGACUUUUAACAUUCUCUUCUU